CGUACAUUUCUUAACAUUAUUUAUUUCCCGUGUGCUCGGUAGUAUACUCUUACUCUACUCAACUCAUCGCUCAUAGGAACAUGGCGGCACUGGCAGCACUCAGACGGAUCAACAGAAGUUGUGUAAUUGGGAGCCGAUUUGGUUCACUGAGACUCAAUGGGUUGUAUCUGGUUCCUUCACAUGUAGUUGUUCCUGCAGCGACACAAGGUACUUCACAAGCGCUAGUUCCCUAUCAGGCAAAGCCCUUCAGUGUAUCACCAGUUAGUCAUGGCGCGCCUGAAAUUGAACAAGCGGGCCAUGACCAUGUGUUGCACUGGACAGCAGAGCGCAUCCUAUCAGUGGUGUUGUUAGGAGCCAUCCCAGCAGCUAUAAUCUUCCCCACACCAGCAGUAGAAUCCAUUCUUGCAUUGUCUAUGACUGUUCAUUCACAUUGGGGCAUUGAGGCUAUUGUUGUAGAUUAUAUUCGUCCCAGCUUAUUUGGCAAGAUCAUUCCCAAACUGGCUGUAGGUGCUGUCUACACACUCUCAUUUCUCACCUUGGGAGGACUUUGCUACUUCAUCUACACAGAUGUAGGCAUCAUCAAUGCUGUCAAGCUCCUAUGGAAAUUGUAGGGAAACAAAAGUGACUUACUACCUGUAAAUUAACUGUAUGGUUUUUAUGUUCUUGUUAACUAUUAGCAGACGUUCCAGACAAUUAUUUUUUAUUAUGCAAAAUCUAUAUACGUACAGUAUAAUAUAAUGUAAUAUAAUACAAUUCAGUGUAAUAUAAUGUUAAUAUAAUACAGUACAGUACUAUAUAAUAUAAUAUUGUCAAUUUCCAAGUCACUGUAUGUGAUGGGAAUAUAGAUGUAAUUAUUUUAAUUUAUUUACUAAAGUGACAUCAAAAUGGUUAGCAAAGUCACUUAGAUAUGUUAUAAAGAGAACUAUGUGGUAGAGAUGCUAAAGUGCUGCUUGCUCUGUCACCUCUAUAUAGUACUGUUAAAACAACUGCACAAUGUAUAAAUUUGUAACAGUGGCAAUUGGAAUUAUAUAGCAAACUGCUGUACUUGAUAGUGUCUCAUCUUUUUCACUUAUUUCAUGUUUAUCAUUUACAACUAGAAUGAAUCAUCACGCCCUGGGAUACUUGUAUUCCUCUAAAACUGUGUGCAUAGUGCCGUGAAGGCCAGGUCUGUAAACAGUGGGGGAUGAUCACCUUUUUUGUGAAGAGAUAAAAUAUGUUGUAAUAAGUUCAUAUGUAUAUUGCACUAAUCAUAAAUCUUGUAUAUAUUAAUAAAGAAUUUACUUUAU